UGAUAGAGCAAAUUUUUUCUGUUUACUUCGAAUAAGUAAUUGCAGUCGAUCAGUGACAUUUUAGAGAAGUGAGCAAAAUGUUUCGUUUGUUCUUCUGUUUGGUGAUAUUUGUUACUACAAGUUAUGGUGACCUUCUAACACAAGAAAGGAGCAGAGGAGCAACCUUGAAACCAAUUUCUGCGUGCUGCGACAUACCGGAGUUGGGCGAUUCCAAACCGCUCACUGAAUGUUCCAAACCAAAGUUGCUUGGGCCUUGUAACGACAUCCAAUGCGUGUUCGAGAAGUCUGGGUUCCUCGUCGACAGGAAUACACUUAACAAGGACGUUUACAAAAAGCACCUGCGGAAGUGGGCCGAGGCUCACGAUAGCUGGACCGAGGCGGUGGAACGCGCCAUAGCAGACUGUGUCGACAAGGAGCUUAGACAGUACCUGGACUAUCCCUGCAGGGCUUACGACGUUUUCACUUGCACUGGAAUAGCCAUGCUGAAGGAAAAACCUCACGAAUGCUGUAAAAUACCGCCUUUCUUCGAAGAUGCCGACUUCGAGGAGUGUGGUUUCAAGAAAGCGGACGAUGAACAUCCACACGAAAGACACGGCCCGCCUGAUUGCUCAAAGCAACUGUGCAUGUUGAAAAAGUACGACCUCGCCAAAGAGGACAACAUUGACUUCGAGGCCUUAGCCAAGUUCAUGGACAAAUGGGUCGAGGCCCACCCAGACUUCAAGAGCAGCGUCGACGCAGCCAAGGAACGGUGCAUUGGCAAGCCGCUCCCGGGACCUCCGUAUAUUUGUGAAGCCAACAAGAUAGUCUUUUGUGUUUCUUCAACCCUGAUUGAGGCGAUAGGCUUGAAAAAGCCUGUCGAUAUCCCCGACCUGCCGCCAGUGCCAAACAAGUGUCAUAUGACAAACACAAUGUACAAGCAAUGUUGCAUAUUCCCACCGUUCUUUACGCGGGACGUUGCUCGAGAAUGCGGCGCUAAGCUCACGGUCAGUGAGAUGCUUGACGAUGUAGACAUUGUAACGAUAAAGAGACAGAUGUUCAGUAAGAAUUGUCCAGUUAUAGUACCAACUCCGGAAUGUGAGGGUCUAAAGAAAUUUUACGACGAAUGUAAAGAAUACUAUUACAAAUAACAAUAGAUUUAUAUCAUAAAACAUCAAUUUUAUUCUACAAUAAAAACUAUGAUAAAGAUGAGAUGACAAUAAUUUCAUCAACACACACUACUAAAUUGCAAUAAAAUAUAAACUAUGCAGGCAUUAUACUAAUACCGUCGUCAUUCUUUGUACACUGAUAUGCUGCUGACGGCACCUUCGAUAAACUUCACUGCGUGCCGAUUUAUAAGUAAUACUGUCAUAAUAAUGCUCAAUCGGGAAACACUGUAUAUCACACACGCCAGCUGCUCCCUUAUCACUUUCCUUUUAGGAAUUAAUUACACUAAAUUAACAGUCUUGUCUGCUAAGUUCAAGGUAGGAGCCGUGGGUUGUACCGACCGACAUACAAGAUCAUACCGGUAGGAUUAUGUCUAACAAAGUAUAAGAAAGGUCUGUCAAAUUUUAAUCUAGCUGGUUGAGCAUUCCUCGAUGGAAGACGCGCCUGUCUUGGACGGAGAUGUAGCGGUAAAUGCAUAGCUUCUCCCACGUCGUGAGGAUCAUGGAAUGCUCGUUGAUAAUCUCUGGGUUCGUCCCAAUCCGAAGCCCAUCUCGAAGAUCGCCGCCUGGCAACGUUUACUACCGAUUCUGGAUAUUCUUCUAAGUGAUGUUGUUCACUAACGACACCUUCUCCACAAGUUACAAAUGUCGUAGAUUGAAUCAUAUCCGAUAAAUAUAGGUCUUUGGACGGACCGUUUAAGCCUCCUAAAUCAGCUUGGUCCGCAUCAAAUAAAUCUUUCAAUCCCAUAUUCUUUAAAGUAGAAGAAAUAUUAAAAAUGGACUUGUGAGAAAAUCUAGGUAUCUGAAGCUCGAGGCCUAUUCUAGGCAGUAAAGUACGCAAAAGGCGAUUCCAUGCUGGUGUCGUUGGAUUUGCUUCCAGCAAACGUCGUUCAAGUGCUUCUAAAUCUUCUCCAUGUACCACAUUUCCUUGUUGACCGGGCAUGACAAAUAGGGUACUUAUAAUCGAGUUCGUAUUUCCUAAAGCAGCAGCAGUAGCAUCUAAUGCUGGAUCAUAACCUGCCAAAAAGCCUCCUCUAUAAACUACGGCAGGAACAGGAACAAGUCGCCUUUGACGAACCGUUGGAGAAACCACAAAGUACAUUUCUCCAUCUCUGCCUUCUACUGAUGAUCCUGUACAGUCAGUCUG